UUUCCGGUAUCCAUUUUCUGCAAAUCGCCAUUUGCCGCUAGCUUCAACGGAAGAUAAAAAUGUCGAGUAAAAGGCAGUGUGAAGAUUUUUCAGCUGAAACGCCGAGAAGGAAGUCAUCUAGGGUUUUAAGAAUCCAAGUUGAUUCAGAUGAAGAAGUGGGUACUAAUGAAGGAAGAGUUUUUUAUUUUCGGGUUCUGUUGCCUAAUGGAAUAACUUUAGAGUUGCAAGUACCUGGACCACCUGGUGAAAUGCCUGUUGAGGAUUUUGUUAUUUUAGUGAGGCGAGAAUACCAAAAUCUUGGGCGAAGAACAGAGUCACCUAAGCCUAAAAGACAGAUUAAUUGGACUAGCAAGGAUUUGCAUUUUGUAGAUGCUUUUGAGAACAGGAUAACGAAGAUGUUGGAUUUCAGAAAGUUUAAAUCCAACCAGUCUCAUAUGAUAAGGCUCUGUGAUGGUUCAGCUGAAGCAGAUAAAUAUGAGAAUAUGUGGGACCUUACACCAGAUACUGAUUUGUUGAAGGAACUGCCUGAAGAGUAUACAUUUGAAACUGCACUGGCGGAUUUGAUCGAUAAUUCAUUGCAGGCAGUAUGGUCUAAGUCUACAGACCAGAGAAGAUUAAUAAGUCUAGAGCUAACUAAGAGCAGGAUUACAAUAUUUGACACAGGCCUUGGAAUGGAUGGAAGUGCUGAAAACUCUAUAGUGAAAUGGGGAAAAAUGGGAGCUUCUCUUCAUAGAUUAUCGAGAGACAGAGGCAUAGGAGGAAAACCUCCAUACUUAACGCCUUACUUUGGUAUGUUUGGUUAUGGAGGGCCUAUUGCAUCUAUGCAUUUAGGACGACGAGCCUCAGUUUCGUCAAAGACAAAGGAGUGUAAGAAAGUAUUCGUGUUACAUCUUGAGAGAGAUUCUUUGCUCCGCUGUUCUUCAUCUCAACAAACUUGGAGGACUGAUGGAAAUGUUAGAGACCCCUUGGAAGAUGAACUAAGAGACUCAGUUGAUGGUAGCUUCACUAAAGUUGAAAUUUUUUAUCCAAAGAUGAGAAGCGAAAGCAUACAGAAACUACAAUACAAACUGAAAGAUAUAUACUUCCCGUAUAUACAGUGUGAUGAAGUAUCAAAAACAGGAAAAACUGUGAUGCCUAUUGAGUUUCAGGUCAAUGGCACUAAUUUAGCGGAAAUUGAAGGUGGAGAGGUGGCAACCACAAACUUACUGUCCUGCAAUGGUCCAGAGUUUGUAAUGCAACUUAGCUUUCAUGUAAAGGAUAGCAAUGGCUUGAAAGUUGGUUCAGGAACAAAAUCUUCCUUCGAAGCACAUGCUCGCCUGAGGUGUGUUUAUUUUCCGAUGGUGCAGGGUAAAGAGAGUAUUGAGGUGAUAUUGGAAAAGCUAGAGGCAGAUAGGUAUGGAAUUACCGAGAAUUUUGAAACUUUCAGCCAUGUUUCUGUCCGUCGGUUGGGUCGUCUACUUCCAGAUGCUCGUUGGUCUUGGCUUCCCUUUAUGGAACCAAAGCUAAGAAAAAGUGAUAGGGCUGAAGUCCUGAAGAGAUGCUGCUUUAGAGUAAAAUGCUUCAUAGAAACCGAUGCUGGUUUCAACCCAACACCGUCAAAGGCGCUACCUCAGGAUGUUGAUGCUGGACAUGAACCUCCAGAGGAGAUUACUGCAGUUGUUCGUCCAGCUUCUUUUAGUUCUGUUACUGCAUCCAAAAAUCUGGAUCAGAAAUACAUCAUGAAAGAAAAUUUUGAGAUGACUCUAGAGAUAAAAUUUAAAGCAGAUGAGAAUGAGAAAGAACGACAUAUUUACUCUGGGCAAUUGAAUCCUUCAUCUCUUAAAGGAUUUCAUGGUUUAUAUAUGUUCCCCCUGAAGAAGAAGUCACCAAAUCUUUUUCAGAAAGCAGGCAUUUAUCUAUUUCGAUUUUCUCUUAUAGAAAGUCGUACAAUUUCUGUAAAAGAAGUGCGCGUGAAAGCAUUGUCUGAGGCUGCUAGUUGGGAACUUGUAAGUGAUGGGAAGAGUACACACAGUGUAAGGGUUGGUUCUUGUUUUCCAGAGGUUUUCAGUGUUGCUUGUUGUGAUAGAUUCUGCAAUCGUAUACCAUUCAAGUCGCAGACAGAGAUAGAGAUGAAGUUAAGUUCUGGCGGCAGAGCUAUUUCAUCCGAAUGCAGUUAUGACCAAUGUAUUACACAUGACAGAUAUACCAUGAAGUUUAAGAAUGUAACCAUUGAAAGUAGUGAAUUGGAUAUGAUUCGACCAAGUUAUAAAGCUACAAUACAUAUAAAUUCAAAGGAGGAUCCAUUUUUUGUAGCUAUUCCAUGUGCAGUUAUUCCAGGACCAUUGCAACGUAUCCUUCUGCAUCCUGUAAAUUUUGGCAAGAAAUUGGUUCCUGGGAUGGUACUUAAGGAGCUUGCUCUUGAGACAUUUGACAAAUAUGGUAACCAUAUGAGAAAAGAUGAGCACAUCAAGCUGACGCUGGAAGGAUUACAUUUACUAGAUAAAGGAGAUUCUUUUUAUAAGGUUGAUGAUCAUGGGUAUGUAAACCUUAGUGGAACCUUGAAAGUAACAGCAGGGUAUGGUAAACUUGUUUCCCUUUCUGUUUUGUCUGGCGAUGAAGUAGUUUUCAAGAAAGAGUUCCAAACUGAUAGGAGAUCGUUGCGAGUUGCAUCCAAGGUACCUAAAGUUUGUGCUGCUGGUUCUCAUUUGGAAGAUGUUGUUUUUGAGGUUAUAAAUUCUGCUGGUGAAGUGGAUGAAGAUAUCGAUAGUGAAGUGGAAGAUGGUCACUCUCAUACCCUUCUGAUAAGGCAGGACUCAUUGAGGGAAGAAGACAAUGUGAGAUACAGCUUCCAUCGUGGACGCUGCAUUGUCCGCUCUAUCCCUCUUCCAGAUAAUGAAGGGCUUUUCUGCUUUGUAGCCAGUCACUCUCGUUUCCACGACCUGCAGACAAGCAUAGAGGUGCAUGUUGAGAAAGCUGUAAUCUGUACACAUGAACUUACCCAACCUAGAAGUCCCAAGAAAGAGAUUCUGCUUCUUGAGGAUUCAAAUGGUAAAGGGCCAGAAACGGUGUGUCAUAACACCUUUGAUGGAAGAAUAAUGAUCUUCAACAAUUCAUGUGCUUCCAUGCAUCUGGAAGACAGACUACAGAAACUUAGGGAUGAUAUUUGCAGAUAUGGCCUAUGCAUCAGACAAUGCGAUGCAAAUGUGGAGUCACUUAAUAUUAAGCAAUCAAAUAUUGAGCUUGAGAUGUCCAACUUGGGAGCUUUUAUUGGUCUUGAUUCUUUUCACGACUUGGGCUAUGAUAAAGACGUGAUUAUGGAGAAGAUUGAAGGAAAGGCGGACAGUGCAGCUGCUGUUAUACACAAGCUGCUCAGAUCACCAAAACCUGAACAGCUGUAUCUCAAAUAUGCUCAUGACAUACUUGGCGUGGUUGCACUUCUUGGAGAGGUUCGGACCCAUAAGCUUAGCAGCAUGCUUUCAACAUAUCUUGGAGAAGAUCAGAUGCUUGCUGUAGUAUGCAAAUCCCGUGCAGCUGCCAGAGCUCUUGAAAAUUAUCAAAUGGAUGGAAAUGUGAAUUGCGCCAGUGCUCUUGACAUAUUAGCAGCUAAGCUUGGAAUUUCCAUCAAGGGUCGAUAUUUGGUUAUAUGCCUUGAGGAUAUAAGGCCAUAUAAGCGAGGAGUCAGCAGUGAUCCCCAAAGAGAACUUGCUAUUCCACACCCUACUUUAUCAAACAGAGAAACUCCCCCAGGCUUUUUGGGCUAUGCGGUUAAUAUGAUAUUCCUUCCUGCAGAAUAUUUGCAGUUUAGAACUGCUUCAGGUCAUGGUCUAAGAGAGACAUUAUUUUAUCGUCUGUUUGGUAAGCUUCAAGUCUACAAGUCUAGAGAGCAACUUUACAUGGCAAGUUCCUGCAUAGAAGAGGGUGCGGUUUCCUUGGAUGGUGGAAUGAUGAGAGGAAAUGGAGUUGUAUCUGCAUCUGUUGGAUCUGAGGAACCAUACAUUCUAUUUCCAGUCAUCUGUCUGGAAAGACAGUUGCUCCUCUCACCUGAGAAAGUAGAAAGAUUGAAGAGAAUCGAAGAGUUGAAACUGGAACGAAAUCAAUUGCAAGAUCAAAUACAGGAAGAGCUUAGGAAUGAAGCAAAGUACAAGAAGAAGUUGGCCAAAAAGCUCAGGGAUAAAAAGCAGAUUGAUGAUCAGUUGGAACCUUCUCCUGGAAUGUACAGCUCGGACAUGGAUAUCAGUUGUUGAUGGUUUGUUUCUUCUGAGGCUUGUACAUGUAAUUACCUAAAACAAGGCCUCUAUGUUUAUUUAUGCUUUUUUGGAUCAUAUUUUUGUGAAGAAACACAGGGUAGUAUACCGUACAAAUCAACACCUGUAGCGUAAAUGAAUGCUCAAGUUGUAUCUUUCCCCAUGAUCUCAGUGUCGGUGAGCAGAGUUACUUUAAAAUCAUAGGAAUCAUUUAUUUAUCUUUGUUUGGAAAGGAACUAAAGGUGACUCAGCUGCAUCUGGUUCCCUUUCAGAUAUGCUUGUAUGUGACAGUAGGAACAACUACUCAUUAUGUUAUUUUUGAUGUGUAGCAAACAGUUACAGUAAUAUAUUCAGGGAAAAUAAUUUGUCAAUCAUUAA